AGUCAGUUUGGAGAUGUAUUUCUGGCCAAGGCUCGGGGUAUACGGUCGGGAGAGAUAGAGACCCAGGUUUUAGAGAAGUCACUGUUGUCAAAAGAGGACCAACAUUACUACGAGUUUCAGCGGGAAAUGGAAAUGUUUUCAAAGCUUGACCAAAAUAAUGUUAUAAAGCUGCUGGGUGUCUGCAAGGAAAUAGAACCCUACUUUUACAUAGCAGAAUAUUAUGACUGGGGUGAUUUGAAACAGUUCUUGUUAGCGUCACGUGUUGACAACAAUGGUCGACGGCGAAUUCCACCAUUGACUAUUUAACAGAAAAUUGGAAUGUGUAACCAGGUUGCACUAGGAAUGGAACAUAUGUCUAAUAACAGGUUUGUUCACAGAGAUCUUGCUACAAGAAAUGUGCUUCUAACAUCACGUCUCGAACUGAAAAUAUCUCACAUGGCUUUAGCACGAGACCUGUACGCCAGUGAAUAUGUGAUUAUAAACAAUCAGACUGCUUUACCGCUAAGAUGGUUGUCGCCAGAAGCAGUGCUGGAAGCAGACUAUUCUACAAAAAGUGACGUUUGGGCAUAUGGUGUAUUUAUGUGGGAAGUUUUACAUUUAGCUGAUAUGCCACAUAAAAACCGCAAUGAUGAAGAACUUUUGAAAGGUCUCAAAGCUGGUGAUGUGUGUUUAGAGUUUUCAGAACAUUGCCCAAAUGAAAUGAUAGAUCUUGUACGGAAAUGUAUGGUAGAAAGCCCAAAAGACCGUCCAAAUUUUACAGAAAUCUGUAACGGUGUUGCAGAGCUUGUACAAAUAUAUUUACAACCACAGUAUCAGAAUCUAGUUUCGCCGUCUGCUUCAUCUUUCCCACCAAUGACUUCAUACCAUGCACAUGAGCCAUACAUGACUUGAAGCAGGCGCAGGGAAAAAACUAGAGAAAAAUGUAUAAGACGUCUGCUUCACUCUAACGUUGGAUAUUUCAGCAAUAUCAUUACCAUUCAAACCAGAUUUUGAAUUUAGAGAAUAUUAUUAAAUGGAAAUACGUCAAGAUGCAGACCUCGGAGAUGAAAUCCGUGAUAAAUUCCCGAAUAUUGGAUAAACAUUUCACAAACAUUAUGUGUUGUUUCAAUAGUUGCUAUUUGUGUCUUAAAGUGAUAGAAGUCAGUUUCAUAGAAACACUGUUUAUUUUACUGAAUAGUUGCUAAGACAAUGUACAGUUUCCUAGAAACGUUGUGUUGAAUCUAUAGUGUCUAUUUUCGUCAAGUGAUAAAAACAUUGUAUAGUUUUGUAGGCAGUUUGUUCUAAUAGUUGCUAUCUUAUGUAUUUCUUUACUCUUUAAAACUUCCCAUUUUAAAUGGUUAAGUUAAUGUCCAUAUUUCAGAGGAUGUAUGUUUUUAAACGGACACUAAGAACAUGAAGUCAGUAUGUUAUUUUUAGCUCACCAGUCACAAAGUGACAAGGUGAGCUUUUGUGAUCGCGUGGCGUCCGUCUGUAAACUUUUGCUUGUGACCACUCUAGAGGUCACAUUUUUCAUGGGAUCUUUAUGAAAAUUGGUCAGACUGUUCAUCUUGAUGAUAUCUAGGUCAAGUUCGAAACUGGGUGAAGUGCGGUCCAAAACUAGGUCAGUAGGUCUAAAAAUAGAAAAACCUUGUGACCUCCCUAGAGGCCAUAUUUUUCAAUGGAUCUUCAUGAAUAUUGGUCAGAAUGUUCUCCUUGAUGAUAUCUAGGUCAAGUUUAAAACCAGGUCACGUGCAGUCCAAAACUAGGUCAGUAGAUCUAAAAAUAGAAAAUCCUUGUGACCUCCCUAGAGGCCAUAUUUUUCAAUGGAUCUUCAUGAAAAUUAGUAUGUUCACCUUGAUGAUAUCUAGGUCAAGUUUGAAACUGGGUCAAGUGCGGUCAAAAACUAGGUCAUUAGGUCUAAAAAUAGAAAAACCUUGUGACCUCUCAAGAGGCCAUAUUUUUCAAUGGAUCUUCAUGAAAAUUGGUCAGAAUGUUCACCUUGAUGAUAUCUAGGUCAAGUUCGAAACUGGUUCAUGUGCCUUCAAAAACUAGGUCAUUAGGUCAAAUAAUAGAAAAACCUUGUUAUCUCUUUAGAGGCCAUAUUUUUCAAUGGAUCUUCAUGAAAAUUGGUCAGAAUUUUUAUCUCGAUGAUAUCUAGGUCAAGUUCAAAACUGGGUCACAUGAGCUCAAAAACUAGGUCACUAUGUCAAAUAAUAGAAAAAAUGACAUCAUACUCAGUUCAAAACUGGGUCAUCAUCAUCAUCUUCAGUUAUCGCCUCACUCUGUGUAGAGUAUACUCGCGAUUUAUCAUGUCAUGUGGGGACAGGUGAGCGAUUCAGGACCAUCAUGGUCCUCUUGUUUUUUAAAGUAGACAAAAAACCAGGACAACUGAUUAAAGUUUAUAUUGUGUAUACAAUUGAAAUUCUAUUUAUUGACUGCAAAACUCACAAAUUAUUUAUUCUCAAUUGUAAUUCUUGAAGAUUAAUUUAAGCAUUUUGUCGAAAAUUUACUUUUCUUCCCUCAAAUAUCUUUGAAAAUGUUUAAAAUGAAGAAAUGUGUAUAUUUACAAUGAUUUUAUUUAUUUAUUAUUAUUGUGCUGUCAGUUUUAGGUCCUGAUGGUUUAAAGGGUAAUUUACUGUCAGAAGUGAAAUAAAGCAAGUUAUGCAUAUACCUUGAGUACUCUUUCUAACACAUUAACCUUUAGCCUGCUGGCAGCAAGUUAUUCUGCCUUUGCGACCAGUGCAAACCAAGAUCAGCCUGCACAUUUGUGCAGGCUGAUCAUGGUCUGCACUGUUCGCUGUUCAGUCAGUAAAUUUUCAGCGAACACCCCUUUGAAUAAGAAGUGGUACUGCUGAAAUUGAAUAAUGGACUAGUCUAUUUUAGAAAUUUAGCAGAGUAAAGGUUAAACAGCUAACAUUCAGCUGUUUUGUUUACAUUAGCUAGUUGCUGCUGUAUUCAAUAUGGAAGCUGAAAUACAUUUUGUUACUAUUCAAAGUUUAGCAUGCAAAAUUGUUAACAUACCAUGCGUUUUAAAGUUGUAAUAUUUUGUCUAUUAUUAGAAACUUUUGUUGUUUCACUACUUUAAGAGUCUCUUACAUUUAUUAAAACAAACAGGAAAUGUUCAUUUUUCAAAAUAAAAAAAGAAAAAAAAACAUAUUGAAAUAUUAAAAUAUAGAGUUUGAGUGUUGUCAUGGUAUAUGCACAUGUUUUAUUUUGUAUAUGUGCAAAGUUACUAACAAUGAUGAAUAUAUUUGAAAAAUAAUGUUUAUUGUAGAAAACUUGUUCAUCUGUGAUUUUUACAGAGUAUUUCUGUUUGUGAAUGAAAAAGAAUGAUAUGUUUUUAAGAUCAUUUCACUGUGCGAAAAUAGUUUUCACAGUCCUUGAUAAAAUGUUUAUUGUUUGGUUUCCCCCCUUUGGUUAGGACAUGACUGAGUUGAUGACAUGUACUUUCCUUGUGACAGAGAUAUAAAAGGUGUUUUUGACUCCAUGGGUAAAAAACUUUUUAGACUGCAAUAUUCCCUUGGGUAAGUUUCAGCACCAUGCUUAGAAUAACCAGUUGGAUACUAGAAGUUUGAGACUGGUUGUCAAAAUAAUUUUUAACUCAUCUGAUUUUUUGAAAAGCUAUUGCCUCGAAACUUGCAACAGUUUUUCACCAUCAUAAGCUGACUCUGUACAUCAAGAAACAUAACUCCAUCCUGCUUUUUACAAGAAUUAUGGCCCUUUUUGGACUUAGAAAAUCAUGGGUAGGACAAUUUUUCUAUUAUACAAAAAAAUCAGAUGAGCGUCAGCACCCACAAGGCUGUGCUCUUGUUAUAACUUAGUCUGCAAUAAUCAGGUCAAGAAAAUCACAAAAGUGUAAUAAUUCUGUAAAGAACAACAGUAAAAUUGUACAAUGUAUUCUGUGUACAAGACUAUUCAGCGUUAGAAGACUACUAGCAUUUUGAAAAAUAUAUGUGAAAUAAAAAAAAGUAUGAAAAAUGUGCUUUAGGUCGUUUUAGGAAAUUGUAAGGUAACAAGUUGUUUUGGCAUAGUUGAAGGUCUUUGAAUGAAUGUAAUGCAUUUUGUUAGUGGCGCGGCGGUAUGGCAGGAGAUGAUUAUUUCAAAAUAGAUGCUCAUAUUUUAGCUUUAGCAUUUAAUAAUUCAUGUCAAAGCUGAAAGCAUCAGUGAUUAUUAAAUUCAGGCCUAUGUUUCUGGCGCCACAGUAUCUCUCAAAAAUGGACAUAAAUGGUCAUUUCGGGAUUUUUUCCAGCCUGGAAGUUGUCUUAAUUUUGACCAGUUUGACAUGAAGGAUUAGAACAAAAUUAAAUAUUAGUCUAUUUCUCAAAGGUUAUGAAACUUGUAUAGAAAAAGAAAUCUGUAAGAAUGUAUUUUGUAAUAUUUAUUUUCUGUCAUUGAUUCUUUCAUCAGGAUAAAAUCAUGAUUUAAAAGAUUGCUUACAUUUAUUGCAACAGUGGAUUUUGUAUUUUUGUGCUUUAGUUCAGAACUUUAUAUGUAUAACUAGGAAACAUUCAACAGUAAUGUAUGUUUAUUCUUUGAAAAGAAAAUAUAAAAGAUCCUUAUA